UUCCGGUUUUUAAAACCAGGAAGUCCUUGUGGAGGAAGGAUGACGGAGACGAUUGGUUGCUGUGAAGCAUAACCACUUUCAGUUUCAUUUCGUCAAAAAUGCGCCUCCGAUAACAGAGCAAUAUGUUUAGCAGCAUUCGUUCAUUCGUUCAAGAAGGCGCAAAUUCACUGUUCACUAAUCCAAUGUCCAGAAAGGGGAGAUGUAUUCUGUGGGAACAAAUAAAACAACUCUCAGUUGACGCAGCUCGUGUAUUUGAUGCUGCAGGACUUGAUGAAUCAGGCCUACUCACUUUGACAAGGCAAGACUUAAACGAACUACUCCCUGGGCCUCAGAACUUCCAGAUUCGGCGAAAAAUUGCGGAAUUGAUCAACUCAGCUACACAAGAGUCACCUGUUUCUUCAACCUCCUUAAUUGAAAGACUGAAGGAUGUGAUUUCGAGAGAGGAUGUUAGGCAUUUGCUCGUCUCUCAAGGACUCUUGGAGGACUACCUUCACGUUCUGCGCGACGCCGAGACGCGGUUGGCGUGCACCCUGGACUGUCUGCAGCAGCAUGUGAAACUGCUGGAAAGCCUGCGAUCUCCACCACUGGACGAGCCCAGCAGUGAUGUGGCAGCAGCAAAAUGCCCGCCACAAUCUCACCGUAAAGAUGAAGCGCAGCCUUUUCUGGACAACUCAAUCACUCUCGUGAAAAUCCACUCACUGGUGUGUGGAAAGACCAUGGGUUGCCACAGUGACCUACUCCAGCGUCUAGGUAUGCCCACUCUGGAGGUCAGCUCAGAAGAAUGCCAAGUGGUUCUUGCAUUUUGCCCGGUGGCAUCACGAGCUGGGACAGACAUUGCCGCAGCCAUUACAAAAAUUCCUGGAAACAAAGAUGCCAUCCUGGUGGUAAUGCACUAUACUUGUACUCCCAACCACAGCACGAUUGGAAUAACUACAAGUGUCCCAAAGAAUGUCAGAAAAGUUGUACACAUAUUUUUCCACGAUUCAGUGGGAGGGAUUCUAAACUGUGAACCUAAUAAGCAAGCAGUUGCGGCCAUUGAGUCUGCUUUGAAACAUUACACAAAUACAAUACCAUAACAAAUCUGACUCAAAUUUCUUCUGAGUUGAUGUACAAGCAUUCUAGAACUACCUAAUAUUAAAGCUGAUUAAACUGGCAAAAUCAGCUGUGACAGACUGGUAUGACGUUUGCACUUUACCCCUAAGUUGUUUGUAAGUAUUAUCCAAAUACUGAACAAAUAUUAAAAAAAAAUCAAACAGUCUUUCAAUGCAAAGGUUUAAUAUCAUUCCUCUCAAUGCUUUGUAAGAAUGACAUUGACGCAGUAUGAAAAUUAAAAACCAUUCUUGCCCACAAUUUUUCUUUUGUGUAUUUAAGUCAUUAUGACCAAUACUUGAUUUUCUAGGGAGAAAUGUCCUAGAACUGCUGCAGGCACAUUCGCUUUUUUUCUUUUCUUUUUUUUAAAUCUCACCUUAAAAAUAAGAGAGGAAAAUUCAACAACCAGUUUCUUUUUACCCUAUGUUGUUACAUUUCAUGACUACUAACAAAGAAGUUACUCAUUGGUUACAUAAAUCAAACACACAAAACCAGCACAUUGGUUGCUGAAUCUUGGUACAGUAGUGUUUCUCAUCACAUAACAAUUUCAUAAAACAAACAAACAAACAAAAAAACCUGAAGGAGGUCUAUCGUACUCUGAUGAACAUGAGGGUGAUCUUUCACCGGCUGGAGACACAAUUGACAACCAUGGGAUACACAUAUCUUUGCAUAUCUGUCUAUAUUAACAUCAUCAACGAGGGUUGUUUAAAAAAGGAAGUCAGGCCUUGGAAGAAAAGAUCCCCUGACUCCCUCCCGCACCAUCUUUUUCCCUUCCCUUUCCAAUACUUAGAGAGAAAGCGCAGUAACAACAGAGUCCCUUUCAGCACAGAAAAAAGAGGCUGCACUCACUAAAGCUUAAAAGGGAGAGUGUGCGUUUCAUGCGUAACUGUGCCAUUCUCUCUCUUCCGCUCUUCCUCCAUGGAGAACUUGGCCAUUACCCCUACAAACACCUUCUUGUGCGCAGAUUUCAGUAAAUACGGAAAAAAAAAAAUAGGAAAAUACUGCCCUUCCCAUGAUAAUAAUACGAGUCAAACAAGCUGCUUUUGUUGUCCUCACAAGAUAUCCAAACUAUGGCUAAAGAAGAAAAAGCUGAAGAGAAAAAAAAAACAGCUUGAGGUCCAUUAUGAUAUGUAUGGGGAUUCAAACUACUCAAAAGUGUUAAAAUACUCCCACACUGCAAUUAAUCAACUCCGUUACUCUACGUGGACUUGUGACCUUUUCUAUGUAGGCACGUGGAUUCCAAAAUGCAAUUUUGCAAAACGUUUUCAUUAAAGCACUUUGUCCGAUCCCAUGACAAGGUGCGAAAACGUUGUACUUGUACCACAGAGAAUAAUGCGCUGCUCCCCAACAACGCGCAAAAUGCACACAAACACACACACACAAAAGAUAAAACAACAACAAAAAAAAGAUAAUGCUUUAGGGAGCCAAGGAAAGGAAAAGAAAAGAACAAAAGAAAAGCUAAACAAACGAAACAAACAAACAAAAAAAAAGAAACAAGAAA